AGGUUAUAGGCGACUCGUGCCCCUUCGCCCCGCCGACCGUAGCAAUAAAAUUAAAAAUUUCAUUAAUUUCGCUUAUCUCCUGGUUAUGAAAAACACGAAAUUUUUUUGCUGACGUCAAAAUUCCGAAAAUAAAUUACACCUUCAAUAUUUCAAGUCGGUUUUGUAAUCAGUACAAUCAGUCGGCGUAGAGACACCAUCACUUUGUACCGGAUUUUUUUUCUUCUAUAUUGUUUCCCGUUUAAUUUCCCUUUAAGAAAUGUCUCUUAAAAAGUCCGUUACGUUCCUCCACAGUAAAAAUGGUAUCGCUUGCCUUAGCUCGAGGGCCAGUUCUUGGUGGUCGGGGGUUCCAAUGGGCCCCCCUGAUGUAAUCCUUGGUGUCACCGAGGCCUUUAAACGUGACAACAACCCCAAGAAGAUUAACUUAGGAGUGGGAGCGUACAGGGAUGACGAUGGUAAACCCUAUGUACUCCCAUGUGUCCGCAAAGCUGAAGAGAAACUCCGGGCAAAAAAUUUAGAUCAUGAAUAUGCACCAAUAGGAGGAACUGCCGAAUUUUGCAAGCACAGUAUCGAGCUUGCUUUAGGAGAGGGAUCUGAAGUUGUGCAAAAUGGCUUGAAUGCCACAAUCCAAGGUAUCUCAGGCACUGGGUCCCUUAGGGUUGCCGCUGCCUUUUUAAAUGGAUUUUUCCCUGGAAAUAAGGUGGUGUAUUUACCUAACCCUUCUUGGGGCAAUCACACUCCUCUCUUUAAACAUUCAGGAUUGGAGGUGAAAUCUUAUAGAUAUUAUGACCCUAGCACUUGUGGCCUUGACUUUGCUGGAGCUCUGGACGAUAUUUCAAAAAUCCCAGAAAAAUCAAUAGUUCUUCUGCAUGCAUGUGCCCAUAACCCCACAGGGGUUGACCCCACAAAAGAGCAAUGGGCGGAACUCUCCAACUUGAUCAAGAAGAAAAAUUUGUUCCCAUUCUUUGACAUGGCUUAUCAAGGCUUUGCGACAGGCAGUGUCGAUAAUGAUGCAUUCGCGGUUCGUCACUUCAUUAAAGAAGGACACAAAAUAGCCCUCUGUCAGAGCUACGCUAAAAACAUGGGUCUCUACGGCCAAAGGGCGGGAGCCUUCAGCAUAACUGCAGACUCAAAAGAGGAAUCCGACAGAGUAAUGUCCCAAAUCAAGAUCCUCAUUAGAGCGUUAUACUCUAACCCACCGCUACACGGCGCCAGGAUCGUGACCGAGAUCCUUGGUGAUCCACAACUGAGAGCUGACUGGCUUAAAGAAGUGAAAGGAAUGGCCGACAGAAUUAUCUCGGUCAGAACCAAGUUGAGGGACAACUUAAAGAAGGAAGGAUCGAUCAAGAGUUGGGAACACAUCACGAAUCAAAUCGGGAUGUUCUGUUUCACUGGGAUGAAUGCUCAACAAGUUGAAAGGUUAACUAAAGAAUUUAGCAUCUACCUCACUAAAGAUGGCCGUAUUUCAAUGGCAGGAGUCACAAGUAAAAAUGUGGAAUACCUCGCUCACGGAAUACAUCAAGUAACUAAGUAGAAACAAAAACGAUAUGCUGGGUAAAGAGAUGUUACUGUCUUCUUAGACGCUUCUAGACGUUUUUGUUAGGAGCUUAUUUUUUUAUAUAAUCUUUUUGCUUACUCAUGUAUUAUACUUUUAAAGACAUUUUUUUUCAUAAGCAUUUUUUACAUACAGGUUUCACUUUGUACAAGUCUUUGCCAGAUAUUGCAUUAAUAUUGUGUUAGCUUUAAGCCCAAAAUGUAUUGUUUUUGUUGAACUAUUGUUAGGAUCAAAUUAAGUAAUAUACAUGAUUUAGAUUUG